AUGAGAAAGCAGCUGGAAGGGGUGGAUUGCAGCGUCAGCACGUGCCUAUCAUCUGCUUCGCCCAACAGACACGUCCGUCCCUACAGCUCCACCAAAUACAAUAAUAGCUGCACCAACUCGUCUCGUCUCGUCUCGUCUCUUCCAAACCCAACACAGGCAGCUCCACCUCCACCACCACCAGCCAUGGCUUCUUCUCACUUCCUCACUCUCCGAUCCUCCAUCGCCAAACCCACCACCAGGUCCUUCCUCUUCAACCCCAUCAAGAACUUUGGGCAAUCAAGCAAAGGAAACCAUCGUGUGGAAGAGAGGGCACCAUCAACAGCUGAGGAAUUCGAGAGAGUUGCAGAGGAGAAAGCAAGGGAAGCGAAACAAGGUGUUGCAAGCCAAACUACAGAUGAGGCAUUUGAUGCAGCAGGGGAGGCUGCUUCCUCCAACGUUGGAUCAGCGAAGAAGGGGUACAAGGAACAUGAACCUGGGACAGAUUACCGCGGGACUGGAAAUUAGGAAGCUGUUUGUGAAGCAGCAACAAUAAGAAAUAAGAGCCAGUUUUCUCUUUAGCAUUUUUCUUGGAAUCAAAACCCUUUUUAUUACUCUUCAGUCUUCAUACUUUCAGUUCAUUUUCAUAUUAGAAUCAUUCUUAAUCCAGUGUUGUACUGUUUUUCAUGCUAAUUGGUUGAGUUUAUUGAUCA